AUGGAACGAGCAAAGCAGAAGCGUGCAUCGAGAAGACGUCAGGUGACGAAACUCAUCGGCGAAGCAUCUACGGUUAUCGCUAACGAAUCGCCGGAUCGGAUGUUACUUGAGAGUCUUCUAGAACGACUGCGGGUCAGCAACGAAGAGCUCAAACAACUAAAUAACGAGUUCGAACAGUACCUAAAGGACGAUGACAUCGAAUCCGAACUGGAUACAGCGCUGGAAUACGAAGACAACGCAGUGAGUUCCAUGGCUAACUUACGAACCAAGAUAUCCGCACUUGUUGUUACACCAGUCGCAACAACGUCUGCUCAAGUGAGUGGGUCGUCGCCACAAGUCAACGAGAAAUCAAACUCCAAUGGCAUCCGACUUCCCAAGUUGCAACUGGUGAGGUUCCGCGGCGAGCUGUCAAUGUGGGGAACCUUCUGGGAGCAGUUUAAAGGAGCAAUCCAUGAUAACACCUCACUUUCCAAAGCAGAAAAAUUCUAUUACCUACGGUCCUUGCUGGAUGGACCUGCAGCUACCGCAAUUUCUGGUCUCCAAGCAACGGAGGAGUGUUAUACAGAUGCCAUCGAGGUGCUGACAGAACGUUUUGGUGACAAAAAACGCAUCGAAAGGGAACAUUUGUCAAGGCUUCGGACACUCCCGGACAUCAAAUCAUCACGUGAUGUGUACGGGCUUCGCAGGCUGUACGACCAUGUUCAAACGCAUGUCCGAGGAUUGAAGGCGCUGGGUGUAGCAAGCGAAAGCUACGCAUCGAUGAUGUGUGAGAUCCUUCUCUCGAGCUUGCCUACAGACCUGGCACUGGACUAUCAACGCCUAAAGAAGAGACUUCUUUUGUAUGACGCAAGGGGUAGUUCAGACAGCACGGAGACAUCCUCGGAACCUGAAGGAAACACAUCCGGUGAGCUAAAAAAUAUCCUCAACUUCAUCAGAAUCGAAAUCGAGAGCAUGGAAGGUGUCAGCAUGACAGAUAAAAGGCAGGACUGUAAUUACGGACGCAGUAAAGACGCUCACAAAGCUCGUCCACCAUCAUCGCAUGUUCUCUACAACGCCACUGGGAAAAGAACAGAAGCAUGUAUCUUCUGCAAAUCCGGAACUCACAUGACAAUGAAGUGUAACAGUGCAAUGCCGUUAGAAGAACGCAGAGGGAAGUUAGCAAAGGAACAGCGAUGCUUCAGGUGCACAAAAACCGGCCACCGAUCACGCGAAUGUCGUUCCGGAAUUGUUUGUGCUAACUGCAACGGGAGACAUGCGACUUCCCUAUGCGAUCCAAACUGGACAAGAUCACACCAGAAAGAAUGA